AAUCGAAUUAAGCUACUAUUAUAAUGAAAUACGAUGGGACAGUUUAUGGGAACAUUUAAUACGCGGCAUUUAGACUUAAAAAGUGAUGAUAAGCCGACAUUUGAUGCUAAAAUUGGUUUUAAAUGUGCAAGAGCGAAGCGCGAAAUGAUAGCACCUAACGAUCACCUAGUAUCAGCGCGAAUACCAUUAAAAUAUAGAGAUUACUGCGCACAUUACCUUUUGGAUUACCAAGUGUGCAGAUAUAAGCACAUGCCGCUCUUGUAUAAAUGUCAUGAACAAAAGCACGCAUACUUGAACUGUGAAAAAGAUGAUUACAUCCUAAGAAUGAAAGAAUUUGAACGAGAAAGGAGACUAAGAGAAAGAGAAAUAAGAAUUAAAAAUAAUUCUAGUAAAUGCUGAUUACACUUGCUUAAUACAAAUUUUUUU